AUGCUCGCUUUAACCGAAACCACGACCGAGCAUCAAGCACUUGCAAUCCAGGAUCUGUUAAGACAUUACGUCACAUUCCAAACAUCCCUAGAGGUCAAAAUCUCUACGGAAGGGUACCACAUCUUUCAACUCGAACAUCACUUUCCCUACUUUACAUUACAGAGGACGAUACCAGAAGACUUACGCAAGCCUGGAAGUAAAACAUCGACCCGAAAACUAGGCACCGAUCUCUCUUUCCUCAACUCAAGGGACGGACUAGGUACAUAUAGGAUGUAUCAAGCGCAAUCUUCGUUCACCGUCUGUGGUUCCGAUAACACCCGUUGGAUUGCGUAUAAUCUAGAGGACACUGGCUUCAACUCUGACCGUGAGAUCGGCGACGAUGAACGCGAUAAUUACGGAUGGAGGGAUCAAAUAUCCAUGGGAAAGUUCGACACAAACGUGCCUUUAACCGACGCUCGGGACUAUUACCUAGCCAUUAGCCUCAUAAAAGCGAAGCAUGCUCGAAAUGAGAUCCAGCGGGUCAUCGAGAGAGUAGAAGCUUCGUUCAGAAACCACAUGACCAACCGCCCAUUUUCCGCUACCUCUGCCACCGAGCAGUCUGCCAUCUCGAAGUGGAACGAGGCCAUGCUAGGCCUUCUGGCCAUGUUGAUCCAAGAUCUCGAAGAUAAAGUCGAUUGCUGGGUCAACUUCCAGCGUUGGGAUCUCGAUUGCUUCAACGACCCAAAUGCGACGUUGCUACCCCAUGUCUUUGAAAAUAUCGUAAAUAACUCAAUUGAGUUACAAAAUGUGUAUGAAGAGUUAAGGGCAUACGGAAAGAAGCUCGCUUGCUUCCAAGAAGCUUCCAAGAGGCUUGCUUGUCAGCUAGACUAUCGUCUUAGCUUGCAGGGCAGCAAAAUCGGCGAAUUCACUAUUGUUAUCGUUUCUCCUAUAAUUAUUGUCUCUAAUAUUUUUGCUACUCCUAACAUCGUACUACCUCAUGAACGAAGCGGUCUCUCUUUCUUCUUAUCAGUUGCUGCAGUCGCAUUGCUGUUGUGGUUCCUAUUACUCUUGAAAGGAAGCUGGUUUGAUCGACAGGGCUGGUGGGAGAAGCUGUCGCGAAGAGGCCGAACAGCGAGGAGACGUCAAAAUAGUAGUAUUGGCCCUGUAAAGAACGGCGAGCUAAGCGUGCUGCGACGAAGAGAUAUGCAUGCGGGUUUGACAGGGAAUCGCAAAUAA